UGUGAGACGAAACGACGUCGUUAAAGUUGGCGGCUAGAAAGACUAACCCUAACCAAACAAGAAGAAGACGAAACCCUAACCUCUCAAUUCUCGUUUCAUCACAAAACCCUAGCUAUGGCAACUUCCAUAGCUUCUCAAUUAGCAGCUAUCAGAUCCAUAGCACAUGUUGAUUCCGCUCCUCAAAAAAGACCAUUCACUCGUCCUUCAAUCUUAUUCGAUCCUAAAGAAGCUGCUGAUAUUGAUAUUGAAACCCUUUUCAAUAUCGCUAUUCAAGGUUUGGAGGUUCUUAUUAGCAAUGAUGAACGGUAUAGGAAUUAUAAGAAUGAUUUGUUCAGUCACAGAAGUAAAGAGAUGGAUAGAGAGUUAACGGGGAGAGAACAAAAUGAUAAACUUGAUGUCUUAAUUAAUUCAUAUUUGAAAUUACUUUCCUGAUAUUUUAAUCUUCCGUCCGCACUUAAGACGCUCGAGUAUUUGGUACGUAGACACAAGAUUCAUUUGCACAACUAUGAAGAUUUGAUUUUGUGUGCAUUGCCGUACCAUGACACACAUGCGUUUGUUCGGAUAGUACAAAUACUCGAUAUAAGGAAUGGUACAUGGGGUUUUCUUGAGGGUGUGAAAGUUUCUGGUGCACCUCCACCUAGAAUGGUUAUAGUGCAGCAAUGCCUUCAUGAUAAGGGAGUAUUAGAAGUUCUAUGCAACUAUGCAUCUCCAUCUAAAAAGUUUCAACCUUCAAAAAAUGUAAUUGGCUUUUGUACUGCUGUUUUCAUUGAAGUUUUGGGUACCGUUGUGACGGUUGAUGAUGAUAUUCUCAAGAGAAUACUUCCUUUUGUGAGCUCCGGUCUUCAGCACGGUAUUAAUGGGGUUUCAGAUCACAAGGCCAGUUCGUUGAUGAUAGUUAGCUUGCUUGGAAAUAAAGCUGCUUUAGCUCCCAAACUUUUGAAUAGAUUGAUAAAUUCAGUUUCCGAGGUUGCUCGCGAGGAGGCUAAUGAGUUGGAUCUUCAAUGGUUUCGGCUGUCCCUUAUUGCCUUAAUCAUUCUUGUCCAGUCCCAAAAUGUUGGAAUACUUCCAAUAAAGGCCUUGGAGGUUUUAAAGGAACUAAGGGAUUUGCCAAGGGUUUUAUUAGAAUUGUCUAAGGAGUUCAACAUUGAAAAGUUUCUUGUUGUUCUCUUGGACUCCCUAAUUGAUUGCAGUUCUAAAGAUGAAUACUGCCAGCAGGCUUUGCUGUCCUUGAUAGAAAAGGUCCCCAUAAAUGAUUCUGUUCAUCAGGUUGAGACAAGUGUCUGCAAAGAAACUUUGGAGACUAUGUCAGAGUCGGACGAUGAAGUCAUGCAUGAGGAAGUCAUGUAUGAGGAGAUGAUUAUGGAAAUAAUCAAAGUCGAAGUCAAUUGCAAAAAAGCCCUUGCAAUAAUUAAUAAAUCAAUACAGGAAUCGAAUAACCAGGAACAUCAAUAUUUGUUGGAAUUAAAGGCCCGCGUCUUAUGGUAUAUGAAAAAACGUGAUAAUGGUGUAUUGAGUGCUUUGGGGGAACUGUUUGAUUCCGGGGUUGAAUUCAGAUUCCCAGUGACAUACCUUGUGUAUGGAGCUUCCUCGCACGUUAAAGAAGGUUCUGAAUCUCAACUAAAGAUCUAUAGGCUUGGAUUAGAGCAAGCUGAGAAGAAAGAUGACAAGAUGGUGGAUGAAUUCAAACAGAGACUUCAACCUCUGGAGGAAGCAGCACAUAGGAAGUUAGAGAAGUCAAAGAGGAAGAUGAGGCGCGGGAUGAAUGUGGAAAAGCAGGAGGAAGAGGAAGUUCAAACACCUGUUAAAGAUGUAGAACUGCAAACUGUCGUAGAUGUGACGGCGUCCGAGCAAAGCGUCUUAGAGGAAAAGAAAAAGAAUGAAGAUGAAAUUUUUCCUUUCCAGUUCGAUUGCCAUUUCAAGUUCACCAUGGUUGGCAAAUUAAAAAAUCAAUGUUAUACGGGGAUACAAUAUAUAGGGGAGGUUGAAGUAGAUAAAUCCUUUGUUGCUGCUACUAAAUGUCAAUUGAGCUAUUUUAAGGAACUUUAUUAUCAAUGUUCACGACACCAGAGCCUUUUGACUGUGGAAUCUAUUGUUCAACAUCCCGCUGAUGGGACUGACUUACUUGUAUGUGAAGUGGUCCAAACUUUAAAUGAUUAUUUUGAGGAGCAGAAACUUGAUGGGGCAGAAGUGACUGAAACUCAGUGGUGGGAACAUAUCUCUGAGAAAUUUCGAAGAAUUUUUAGAGAUGUGAUUCAAGGGAUGAUGUUCUUAUACUCAGCAACUGAUUAUGAUUGUGGGGACUUGUCAUUCAAUGUGUUUGUUACAAAAAGUGGCAGAGGGAAGAUUUUGCCAAGCAUGGUUAAGAGAACUGGAACGAAACAAACUGUAGAUCAUAUCAAAAUACUCAAAGAUUUAAUGAAGACAGUCAUUGCUUUUCCAUUCAGUGGCAUUACAGAAAGUUUGGAGCUCCCACUUGAACUACGAAGGUUUUUGGAUUUUGAACAUUCGAGAUGUUUCAGUCCGGCUUGGUUUGUGAUUAAUUGUCCCUUUUUCUGGACCGUGGAAGAACGGAUCCAGUUUGCGCAUGAGCUAAAGAUGUUGAUCAAGCUUAAUCUGAAGUUUAGAUAUACGAUUGAAGCAUGUCUUGAGGAUGCAAAUUUGUUUUCUAAUUGGAAUGAUGUUGUUGUUGAUGGCAUUUAUAAGAAGAUACUGGACUAUCAUGGACCAACAACCUCAAAUGCUGAAGAUGAUGAUGCAGAUGAAUCAGCAGCACAUGCAAAAUCCAAAGGUAUGACAUUACUAACUUUCUGCAAUAAAAUUCUGAACACACCUCAUGUUACAAAGUUUUGCGUUAAUAACAAACUGCUGCAUAGGAUCUAUAGGUUUAUUUUAAUCUUCAUUCCCAGGGGUCCUUAAUUUCUUUCUAAGUAACAUGCUUAUGAGAU